GGCUCUCCUUCCCGCUCGGUCCUCCGGUUCGCUCAGUUCUAGCUUCAGGUUCCACGCCGCGGCCUCGCUCUCCUACUAGAGCCAGCCCAGCAGUCGCAGCGCGCACACGCACGCCCCUCGUCUCCCGCGCCCGGCGCCCAGCUCUCCCCACGCGCGCACACCUCGCGCAGGGACGCACCCACGUUUGUCCUCGCGCGCCGGGGGCUCGGCGGCGGCGGCGGGGGCAGGGGCAGCGGCAGAAGCAGGCAGACCGCGCGGGGCAGUACCGUAGCGGCCGUCACGGGCUGGCCGGCCGGCCAUGGAGGCUGAUGGGGCCGGCGAGCAGAUGAGACCGCUACUCACCCGGGUAACGAGCAGGGGUCCUGAUGAAGAAGCUGUUGUGGAUCUUGGCAAAACUAGCUCAACUGUGAACACCAAGUUUGAAAAAGAAGAACUAGAAAGUCAUAGAGCUGUAUAUAUUGGUGUUCACGUCCCGUUUAGUAAAGAGAGUCGUCGGCGUCAUAGGCAUCGCGGACACAAACAUCACCACCGGAGAAGAAAAGAUAAAGAAUCAGAUAAAGAAGAUGGACGGGAAUCUCCUUCUUAUGAUACACCAUCCCAGAGAGUUCAGUUUAUCCUUGGUACUGAAGAUGAUGAUGAAGAACAUAUUCCCCAUGAUCUCUUCACGGAAAUGGAUGAACUGUGUUACAGAGAUGGAGAAGAAUAUGAAUGGAAAGAAACUGCUAGAUGGCUGAAAUUUGAAGAGGAUGUUGAAGAUGGCGGUGACCGAUGGAGUAAACCUUAUGUGGCAACUCUCUCUUUGCACAGUCUUUUUGAACUAAGGAGUUGCAUCCUCAAUGGAACAGUCAUGCUGGAUAUGAGAGCAAGCACUCUAGAUGAAAUAGCAGAUAUGGUAUUAGACAACAUGAUAGCCUCUGGCCAAUUAGACGAGUCCAUACGAGAGAAUGUCAGAGAAGCUCUUCUGAAGAGACAUCAUCAUCAGAAUGAGAAAAGAUUCACCAGUCGGAUUCCCCUUGUUCGAUCUUUUGCAGAUAUAGGCAAGAAACAUUCUGACCCUCACUUGCUUGAAAGGAAUGGGGAAGGCCUUUCAGCCUCCCGCCACUCUUUGCGAACAGGUCUGUCUGCCUCAAACCUUUCCUUGAGAGGAGAAUCACCUUUAUCUCUUCUUCUCGGUCAUCUUCUUCCUUCUUCAAGAGCUGGAACCCCUGCAGGCUCAAGGUGUACAACCCCAGUACCCACCCCUCAAAACAGUCCUCCUUCUAGCCCUAGCAUCAGCCGCCUGACCUCCAGAAGUUCCCAACAGAGUCAGCUUCAGGCCCCAGAACUACUGGUUUCACCUGCCAGUGAUGAUAUUCCCACAGUAGUAAUUCAUCCGCCUGAGGAAGACUUAGAAGCAGCGCUGAAAGGCGAGGAGCAGAAGAAUGAGGAAAAUGUUGACUUAACUCCAGGUAUUUUGGCCUCUCCCCAGUCUGCUCCUGGAAACUUGGACAAUAGUAAAAGUGGAGAAAUUAAAGGUAAUGGAAGUGGUGGAAGCAGAGAAAAUAGUACUGUUGACUUCAGCAAGGUUGAUAUGAAUUUCAUGAGAAAAAUUCCUACGGGUGCUGAGGCAUCCAACGUCCUGGUGGGCGAAGUAGACUUUUUGGAAAGGCCUAUAAUUGCAUUUGUGAGACUGGCUCCUGCUGUCCUCCUCACAGGGUUGACUGAGGUCCCUGUUCCAACCAGGUUUUUGUUUUUGUUAUUGGGUCCAGCAGGCAAGGCACCACAGUACCAUGAAAUUGGAAGAUCAAUAGCCACUCUCAUGACAGAUGAGAUUUUCCAUGAUGUAGCUUAUAAAGCAAAAGACAGAAAUGACCUCUUAUCUGGAAUUGAUGAAUUUUUAGAUCAAGUAACUGUCCUACCUCCAGGAGAGUGGGAUCCUUCUAUACGCAUAGAACCACCAAAAAGUGUCCCUUCUCAGGAAAAGAGAAAGAUUCCUGUGUUUCACAAUGGAUCUACCCCCACGUCGGGUGAGACUCCUAAAGAGGCCGCUCAUCAUGCUGGGCCUGAGCUACAGAGGACUGGACGGCUUUUUGGUGGUUUGAUACUUGACAUCAAAAGGAAAGCACCUUUUUUCUUGAGUGACUUCAAGGAUGCAUUAAGCCUGCAGUGCCUGGCCUCGAUUCUUUUCCUAUACUGUGCCUGUAUGUCUCCUGUAAUCACUUUUGGAGGGCUGCUUGGAGAAGCUACAGAAGGCAGAAUAAGUGCAAUAGAGUCUCUUUUUGGAGCAUCAUUAACUGGGAUUGCCUAUUCAUUGUUUGCUGGGCAACCUCUAACAAUAUUGGGGAGCACAGGUCCAGUUCUAGUGUUUGAAAAAAUUUUAUAUAAAUUCUGCAGAGAUUAUCAACUUUCUUAUCUGUCUUUAAGAACCAGUAUUGGUCUGUGGACUUCUUUUUUGUGCAUUGUUUUGGUUGCAACAGAUGCAAGCAGCCUUGUGUGUUAUAUUACUCGAUUUACAGAAGAGGCUUUUGCAGCCCUUAUUUGCAUCAUAUUCAUCUAUGAGGCUUUGGAGAAGCUCUUUGAUUUAGGGGAAACAUAUGCAUUUAAUAUGCACAACAACUUAGAUAAACUGACCAGCUACUCAUGUGUGUGUACUGAACCUCCUAACCCCAGCAAUGAAACUCUAGCACAAUGGAAGAAAGAGAAUAUAACAGCACACAAUAUUUCCUGGAGAAAUCUUACUGUUUCUGAAUGUAAAAAACUUCAUGGUGUAUUCUUAGGGUCAGCUUGUGGUCAUCAUGGACCUUAUAUUCCAGAUGUGCUCUUUUGGUGUGUCAUCUUGUUUUUCACAACAUUUUUUCUGUCUUCAUUCCUCAAGCAAUUUAAGACCAAGCGUUACUUUCCUACCAAGGUGCGAUCGACAAUCAGUGAUUUUGCUGUAUUUCUCACAAUAGUAAUAAUGGUUACAAUUGACUACCUUGUAGGAGUUCCAUCUCCUAAACUUCAUGUUCCUGAAAAAUUUGAGCCUACUCAUCCAGAGAGAGGGUGGAUCAUAAGCCCACUGGGAGAUAAUCCUUGGUGGACCUUAUUAAUAGCUGCUAUUCCUGCUUUGCUUUGUACCAUUCUCAUCUUUAUGGAUCAACAAAUCACAGCUGUAAUUAUAAACAGAAAGGAACACAAAUUGAAGAAAGGAGCUGGCUAUCACCUUGAUUUGCUCAUGGUUGGCGUUAUGUUGGGAGUUUGCUCUGUCAUGGGACUUCCAUGGUUUGUGGCUGCAACAGUGUUGUCAAUAAGUCAUGUCAACAGCUUAAAAGUUGAAUCUGAAUGUUCUGCUCCAGGGGAACAACCCAAGUUUUUGGGAAUUCGUGAACAGCGGGUUACAGGGCUAAUGAUUUUUAUUCUAAUGGGCCUCUCUGUGUUCAUGACUUCAGUCCUAAAGUUUAUUCCGAUGCCUGUUCUGUAUGGUGUUUUCCUUUAUAUGGGAGUUUCCUCAUUAAAAGGAAUCCAGUUAUUUGACCGUAUAAAAUUAUUUGGAAUGCCUGCUAAGCAUCAGCCUGAUUUGAUAUACCUCCGUUAUGUGCCGCUCUGGAAGGUCCAUAUUUUCACAGUCAUUCAGCUUACUUGUUUGGUCCUUUUAUGGGUGAUAAAAGUUUCAGCUGCUGCAGUGGUUUUUCCCAUGAUGGUUCUUGCAUUAGUGUUUGUACGCAAACUCAUGGACCUGUGUUUCACGAAGAGAGAACUUAGUUGGCUUGAUGAUCUCAUGCCAGAAAGUAAGAAAAAGAAAGAAGAUGACAAAAAGAAAAAAGAGAAAGAGGAAGCUGAACGGAUGCUUCAAGACGACGAUGAUACUGUGCACCUUCCAUUUGAAGGGGGAAGUCUCUUGCAAAUUCCAGUCAAGGCCCUAAAAUAUAGUGUUGAUCCCUCAGUUGUUAACAUAUCAGAUGAAAUGGCCAAAACUGCACAGUGGAAGGCACUUUCCAUGAAUACUGAGAAUGCCAAAGUAACCAGAUCUAACAUGAGUCCUGAUAAACCUGUGAGUGUGAAAAUAAGUUUUGAAGAUGAACCAAGAAAGAAAUACGUGGAUGCUGAAACUUCAUUAUAGAAUUGAACCAAGAGGCAUUAUACAUAUAGAUAUAUACAUAUGUAAUGUGUGCGUAUCAUGUCACUGUAUUUAAGAAUAUUGUAUGUCAUGCUGUUUAUGUGUGACUACCGGGUUUUUAAAAGUAGUGUCUGGAGUUUGUAAUGAGCACCGUGGAGACUAUGUAUUUAAUGAAAUGCUCUCUUUGAAGUGAGGUACAUGGUUCUUAACUAUUCAAAUAUUUAUUCUGUUAGAAAAAAAAUUUCUGUUUUGCAAUAGAAGGAUGUGGAGAAAUGCUUUCAGUCUGCUUUUGUUAAAUCUCUUUGUUCAUCAGUGGCAAUUCAUAAAAACCUUAAGUGAUACUUUGUUUAUAUGUUUAUAAUUUUUAUGUGUUUCUUGAAAUUUUCACAUAUUAUUUCACUUUUGUUAGUGCUUUAUGGGAAGAAUAGGGAGUCUAUACCAGUGCUGUGGGAAAAGUGGUAACAUUUCAGGGCUUCUCUAUUUGUGUUUCAUUUCUGUAGAUGUCCAUCAUGUUUCACUAACUGGCGUUUUCUUAGCCAUAGAGAUGACUGUAGAACAGUGGAAACUUUAAUAAUGAUAGUUUUUAACUUUUAUGUUUAAAUUUUUUUUAAUCUUAAAACCUUCAUAUCUAGGUGUCCAUUGUGACAGACAAGUAAAAUUGCAGGUGAUUUGAUAAUUAAGCACCCAUACCAUUUAUAACUUCAUGAACUUAAAAAAUUAUACAAUGCCAGUUUGCAAUAGUUAGAUUUUGAUGCCUUUGUAGAAUUUUUUUCUGAAUCCUUAUGCUCUUUUAAAGCCUAUAAUUCCCACUCGGUUCUCUGCCUUGUCUCUCUUUGUCUUAAAAUGGUUUAGUUUCCAUCAGGUUCAAGUUCUUGACUAUUUUUCUCUUAUAAGUAGUAGGCGUAAAUAAUCAGGAGUCAGAAUUCUCUAAGAAGGGUCUAUGAUCAGUAUUACUUUAUUAAGAAUUACCUUUCAUUUUCUCUUUAUGUUGUUAUUCUUUCACUUUUGUAGAUUACAUUUAAUAGCUUGUUACCUGUGAUUUUAUUUUAAAAUAUUUAUUUUGAUAUGAUGCUUAAAUAUUAUAUAAGCAUUUGGAAAAGUAACAAAUAGAGUAAAUUGUUAAUGUAAAUAGUUGGUGCUCACUUUCAUUUAUGUUUAUUAUAUUAAAGCAAUUGGUAGAUUUUACAUCUUUGAUAUAAAGCACUGCCAUAUUUAUAUUUUAAAAGGAAAUUAGACAUUUUAUAUGUAGCUCAGAUUAAUGGCAUUUUUAUUUUGUGUGUUAGUUUUUGCUUUUCUGAGCUUUUUAAAGUCUAACAAAUCUUUUUAGUCAUCUUUUAUAUACUUUUAGCUCCACAUGAAAUAAAUGUUGUUAAGCCUGUAGGACUGGAUGAAUGGGGUUGUGAAACUGAUUUGACAAGAGAAUAAUUUACAAAAAUCAAAUGAGUAUUGAGAAGCCACAGAAAUAUCAAAAAUGGUGACAUCACUAUUAGGAUGAAAAUUUUAAUGAAAUUCCAAUGCUCCCUUUAACCAUAUAAUUAAAUUACAGAAGUAUACAUAAUUAAUCUAAUAAAGGAUCAUGAGGAAUGCCAAAAGCUGAAAUUUUAGCAAGUCUGGUGUUUUAAAUUCAUUAUAAACUAUUUAUUAACUAAUGUAAUGUCCUCCUCUAAGACCAUAUUGUAAGAGUCUAGUUAAAAUGAUGAAUUCAACUUCUGCCUCUGAUGAGAGGUUGGAAAUGUAGCUGCUUUUCUUUAGAAAAUAUAUAGCUGUCAUCAUUUGGUACUGCCUAAAAAGAGUUAGACUCUAUUGGCAAUUGAUAGAGUAUUACCCACGGUGCUUAUUAUUGUUUACGAGCUUCCAUUGUAAUGAUUCCUUUUUAUUUGUAGCAGCAUAAUUAUUUCCAAAGACCCCAGUAUUUGCUGCUAUUUUUAAAACUCCCCUGAUGUACCUGAACAACAGGAUUUCCUCACAUCAUUUCCUUGUGUCUGGACAUCAGGGGUAACAACUGUACUUACUUUACAGGAAGAAAUUUUAAAACUGAAAACUACCUGGGAUCAUAGUGUUUCUGUGAUUUUAUUUAAUUGUGUAUAGUAAUUAUCCAGUGCCAGAAAAACCAUCACUUGCAAAAUACUUUGCACUCAAAAUGUUUUUACAAUGCUUCUAAAUGUUACUGGUUUCUGCUUUCUUUUGACUACUUGACUGACAAAAUGAUCUGACUACUCCAUUUAAGAGCAAAGGUAACUCAUGUUUAAGUAAUUAACUGCUUGUUUUAAGUGAUUAUAUUUCUUCCACUGUUUUUGAAAAAUAAUCAUAGAUAGCAUUCAUUGAGAGAGAGUGACAGAUAUAAUUUACUACAUAUAUUGAUUUUUAAAUAAAGUUGCCUUAAAUAAGUGUAUAUAAGCAGUAGUAGUUGCUAUGUACUGAUUUACCUCAAGGUGCAAAAUAAUUAAACCUGUACAUAUUCCAUUUACAAAAUAAAUUCAGCCCUGCACUUUCUUUAGAUGCCUUGAUUUCCAGAAUGGAGCUUAGUGCUACUGAAUACCCUGGCCACAGAGCCACCUCAGGAUAUUCUUUUUCUCCACCCUAGUUUAUUUAUUUAUAGAUAUCUGUUUACAAAGUCUGUAGUAAAUCCUGAUGCUGACCAUCUGAAAUGUACUUUUUUUCUGAAUGCUGUUUCAAUCUAAAAUAGCAGCUUUUGAGAAAACAAUGAUGUAAAUUCCUUAUGAUAAAAGGAUGAUUCUAUAUAUUCUUUAAUGAUAUUAAAUAUGCCGAAGCCAAGCACACAGUCUUUCUAAAGUGUGUGUAUGUUUGUGUGAAUGUGAAUGAUACCGAUCUUAUAUCUGUUAAAAGUUGUUUUAAAAAGCUGUGGCAUACCAUUGUUCAUAUUUGCCAAGUCUUCUGUAAAGAUGUCUAGGACAAAAUAUUUUAUGUGCUAAUGCAUGUAUUUGUAAACCAGAUUUGUUUACCACUCAAAAUUAACUUGUUUUCUUCAUCCAAAAAAGUUUAUUUCUUCCACAUACUUAAAUUUUCUGUGUGGGUAUAAUACAGCUUUCUAAUUUUUUUCUUUCACAAAGGCAGGUUCAAAAUUCUGUUGAAAGAAAAAUGCUUUCUGAAACUGAGGUAUAACACCAGAGCUUGCUGUUUAAAGGAUUAUAUGAUGUACAUCAGUUCUAUAAAUGUGCUCAGCAGUUUAACAUGUGAAUCCUGUUUUAAAGUGCUCAGAUUUCAACUGUGUAAGCCAUUGACAUAACGUUGUAAUUAAAAAUGUUUAUAUGAAAUAACUUAAUGUUUUAAAUUUAUUUAUGUAGAUCACAUCAUUUUUAUCAUAUGCAGUGCAAAUAUGUGAAAUGUCUUUUGGUUUAUUCCAACAAUUAUUUAUUUUGGAAAGUAAAUUUAAGACUUUAAGGACAUUCAAAGUUUAAAAUAGUGUUCAAAUUGCAAAAUUUGGCAAUCUUAAUAUAAAUUGGUUUCUUUUCUAACUUUUCAAAAACUAACAUUAAAUGUCAAUUAUAGGAAAACAUAGUUGGAAAUGUAAUCAUCGAAAGAUCAUUUUUAAAAUGAAAUUUAAUUAGCACAUAUUGACUUCAACAUUUGACUUAAUUGUUAAACCCCAGUUUUGUUUUUUUAAUCAGAUUUUUGCACACUGAUUAGUUUUUGUGUUGUGGCUUUUGUUGCUUUAUUAUUCAAGUUUUUUUUUUUUUUUCCCCCAUGGGGGAGAUUGUCUUCCAAUGUUUAAUUACCUUUAAAUAAAUAAAAAUUGAAUUUUAUUGUUCAUUUAUAUAAAAUUUGAUACCUUGAUGUAAUUUCACAAUGCAGUUUUCCCAAUUUUUAUGGCUUUUAUAAUUACAAUGAUAUUUUCUUCUAUAAUAAAAUCCAAAGUAAACAUUUAAAUUGUAGAACUGAUAUUUUUCAUUUAUAUGAAGUAUAAGCCUCUACUGGGUCUAUAUUGUGAAUGAUCCUGCCUUUCAAAUUUGUUUCAUAAUUGUUAGAUGAAAACUAUUUUUUUGGAGAUGUUACUGAAGUUGAUUGAGCAAUAAAAGUCUACUUAAUUA